AUGGGGAACUUUCCGAAACUCCCCCUGGGGACCGAAUUGACGGUAGGCAGUCACAAGGUCACCGUGGUGGAAUACCUCUCGGAAGGAGGAUUCGCCCACAUCUACAAAGUCCACAUUGACCCCCACGAAAACGGGUCCCAGAUAGCAUGCUUGAAACGAGUGAUUGUGCCUGACAAGAAUGGCCUCAAUCAAUUGCGCAAGGAGGUCGACGUGAUGAAGAUCCUCAAGGACGCCCGCAACAUCGUCAAGUACUACGACUCCCAUGCCGAGCGCUUGGACGAUGGCACCUACCAGGUGUUGGUGUUGAUGGAGUUGUGUCCCAACAAGUCGUUGUUGGACUACAUGAACGCCAAGAUCAAGACCAAGUUGACGGAAUCCGAGAUCCUCACCAUCAUGUACGACAUCUCCCUCGGAAUCUACGAGAUGCACCGCCUCCACAUGAUCCACAGGGAUAUCAAGAUCGAAAACGUGCUCAUAGGCAGCACCAACCGCUUCACGUUAUGUGACUUCGGCUCCACCACAUCGCCCAUCCCGCCUCCCAAGGACCAGCACCAGUUCCAGCUCUUGAGCCACGACAUCUUGUACCAGACCACGCCCCAGUACCGGUCUCCCGAGAUGAUCGACUUGUAUCGAGGCUUUCCCAUUGACGAAAAGUCCGACAUCUGGGCCUUGGGGUGCUUCUUGUACAAGCUCUGCUACUACACCACGCCUUUCGAGGCCAAUGGCGACAUCGCCAUCCUCCAUGCGUCCUUCCAGUUCUUGCCGGCUCCAUCAUACUCGGGAGACUUGAAGAACUUGAUCAUCAUCAUGCUCCAGGAAAACCCGCUCUUCAGACCCAACAUUGUGCAAGUCAUCAUGUUAUUGGCCAAGAUGAUGGAAAUUGACUUCAAAGACGUGGGCAUCGAUGAUUUCUACAAGACGGGUGGCUACAACUUCCAAGCAUUGCAUGAGUACCAGAGACAGAAACAGAAGGAGAUGAUAAAACAGCAGCAACUGUUCUACCAACAGCAGCAACUUGCUGCAAGCCAAGCAAGAGUCUCUCCCACCCAGCCUUCAUCUCAUAUUCCUGGCACCAUAGCACCACAAGCCUCGGCACCAAGCGAAGAAAGGCCCAAGGAUACUCAAGCCCAACCCUCCAGAACUGCGUCUGAGUCAAAGAGAAGUAGCAAGGCCUACGAGACUAACGAACCAAGCCAGGAUCUUGAAGUCGGUGCAGAAUCCGAGAAAGACACUGAAGAAUUAGAAGAUGAAGUGAGUUUCGGAGACUUGGAGAAUUUGGACAACGUCGAAGAGAGAUACCCAUCACUUGAGGACAUUUUAGACGAUUCCCACAAGCACAGUCAACCAAUAGCAUCUGCGCCUCCUACUUUGUCUCCUAAACUGGUGAAAAGUGUUCCAUUAAAUUCGGAGCCACCUACUGUGUCACCACAACAGGUGAAAAGUAUUCCCUUGUAUGCACCACCAACUAAGCCUGUUGUUUUGAAUGCCGAUGAAGUUAGAAAGCUCACAAAGGAGCAGCUCAAACAGUACAAUUACCAACACCAAGUCUACAAGUACCAGCUUCAGCAGUACCAGUUUCAUGCACAACAGCAACAUAAUCAAUUUCAGCAACAACAAUUGCCCGUUAAAGAUCAUAGACAAUACGUACAACCUCCACAAGCUCAACAGGUACAACCUCGUAAAAACUUCAACCCUUACCAAGAUGGGACAGAGUACGAAAAGAAGGAAGCUUGGGAGAGGCGUCAAGUGCAUAUGAAUAAGAGUGCAGAGAAGCUAGUUGAUGAUAUAUUUGCAGAAUCGCCUGUAACUGGGGCUAAGAGUAGCCUUAGUGCUAAAUCGGAUGGGUCACAUCAAGAAAUAUCGAGGCAAAACUCUUCUGUGGAGAGAGCCAAUAACAGACUCCAGGCGGAAAUCCAACCACGUGAAAAGAAGUCUUUUGAAGAACCUAGAAGCAGUGAGGUUAACGAAGAACCUAGAAACAAUGAAGGUGCUCCCAUGAAGCCGUUUGAACGUGAGCGUGAAAACAAUGUGCCGGUUCCUGAUGGUUCGUUAGAACUUCCUAGAUUUGAUGGUGAAUCCAAAAAAGAACCAGUUUUUCCAGAUCUAUUGGACUUCGAGAGUGUUUCUAGAGUUGAGUCGCAUCCGGUAGAGAAAGAACCAGAUGUGGGCAUUGUGCCUCAGCAAUUGGAUGUUAAACCUCCCCAUUUGACUGAGAACUCUCAAGUUAAAUAUGCUACUGCAUCGGUCGUGCCAACAUUGAGCACUUCCGUAGGUAGUUCCAAUGCCCUGGGUCUUGGGGGUAAUCCUUUCCCUUUCAAGCAACCCAAGCCUAUCAACAAGGUUCUUGAUGAUUCUGGCAAAGACUGUGUCAAUGUGGAGCAAAGAAGCAGCGCCAAUCCAUGGAGAGAAUUUAGAACUAGUUCAUCGUCUACUUCGAUACCCAUUACUAAAGUUCAAUCACUCCCAGGAUCUUCCUACACUCAAGAACCCAACCAUAAGGAGUCGCCAGAAAUUCUAACCACCAUGACCAAGAACCCACGGGAAGAACUUGUUGAGCCAAAUUUAAUAGAUUUAGAAGUUGGUUUGGAGUCUUCCAAUUCGUCCUCGGCCACCCCUGUGCUUCAACCAAAGACCAAUAACAAGGAAAUCUAUAGUUUGGGAUCUGAUUUAUCCCUUUUAGAUUUGGAUGUCAAGGAGUCUAAACCCCAAACUCCCCAAUUUAAAAAGAGGAUUUCCUCCGCCCUGAAUCCCUCUCAAUUCAGUUUUCAAGAGGAAGUGAUUGAUUUUGCAUCGGAUGAUGAGAAUCCCGAGAAUGGAUCCAGGAUGAACAGGUUAUCGAUUAGAAACUCACUUAAGAAACCCAAAUCCCGGAAGUCUUCAGAUAACAAGAAAAACGAGAGUUCUAACGAGCCAAAAAAGAGGCUCUCAUUCUUUGGUGGAACUAGAAGUGAGCUGACAUGA